AUGCUAAGGGUAGCGCUUUCACACCUUGCGCGUCACUCCCCUGCGCGUGCCAUCGCCUACUUCGGUGACGGCACACAGCAUCCCCUCGCCUUAACGCGGGGCACGGCUACGCUUUAGCGCGUCACAGACAACCUGCGGGCCAUCUCCGACGUUGUGGUGCCCAUUACCACACAAGUGUUCCUCUGCACCCGCGUUCUAAUCUCCCGCAUCUCCUCAACCUCUCUGGCCUCCCUAUGGCAUAUUGUCAUUCCGGAAUUGGUAAGUCACUUCCCCGGUUACUUUCGUCAAACUCACAACUACGAUAAUCUUACAAUUGAUUGCACCUUUGCACACACACGCACUUGGUCACCAUGUACUUUCACGUAG